AAUAAGAAAAAAGAAAAGAAAAGAAGAAGUAUUGUCAUCAUGGGCAGACCGUUAAUUCAGGUAAAUGGUCCUUAACCAAUCUAGACAUCCUUAUUUUUGGCAAACCUUUUAGGUAACCAUCCUCGCGCAGUUAACAGCCAUCUAGAGAGAGAACAAAUUAGAGAGAAGAGAGAGAAGAAAAGGGAAGGAGAGAGAUCAAGAUAUCCAAAAACGGUUCUUGAUUCUCUCUUCUUUCCAAUUUGUCCCAUUUAAUCUCGAAAAUGCUUCCCGCGGGAGCAUUGAGGACAUUGAUCGAGGAAAAGUUUGGAAGCCUGCCCUAUCUCUUCAUCUACGCCCUCCUCGAAUGGCUGCUCAUCAUCCUGCUCUUCCUCGACGGCUUCCUCUCCUUCCUCUCCAACGAGAUCGCCCGAUUCUUCCAGCUCCAAACUCCAUGCCUGCUCUGCACCAGGCUUGAUCAUGUCCUGGUGCAGAGGAGCUCCAACUUCUACUACAAUGAAUCCAUUUGCGAGGUUCACAAGAGGGAUAUCUCCACCCUCACCUACUGCCACGUGCACAAGCGCCUCUCCGACAUCCGCAGCAUGUGCCAGGGAUGCCUGCUCUCUUCCGACAAAGAUUCCGAUUGCGACAGGCGGAACAAGUAUGAGUUGGAGAUUGUGGGUAACGAGAGGAUUGGCAUUUUGAGGUGCUCUUGUUGUGGGGAGCCUCUGCGGUCCAGAUACAACAACCCCAAUUUGUCCUUGCUUCUGCCUGCAUCCCCUCGCACACCCUCCUUUGAUGCCAAAUACACAGAGCUUAAGUUGAUGACUGCAAAUACUCAAGAUGCACAUUUAGUGGAUACUCAUGGUAGAGGGGAUAUGAUUGAAGAUGAACCAAGAACUCCACAUUUCACAGAUAGAAACAGAUUCUUCGGAAUCCCAUUAACAGAUGGUGCAACCCCGGCGAGUGCGAUGGUCCUGGAGGAGGGGGAGGGGGAGGGGGAGGGCGAGGGCGAGGGUGAGGGCGACCUCGUGGCCCGCCUCAAGAGACAGCUGACCCUUGACCGCAGGUCCUUGAUGGCCCUGUACAUGGAGCUGGACGAGGAGAGGAGCGCCUCCGCGGUUGCAGCCAACAACGCCAUGGCCAUGAUCACGCGGCUGCAGGAGGAGAAGGCGGCCGUGCAGAUGGAGGCGUUGCAGUACCAGAGGAUGAUGGAGGAGCAGGCGGAGUACGACCAGGAGGCCAUGCAGAUGAUGAAGGACAUGUUGUUCAAGCGAGACGAGGAGUUGAAGGCCUUGGAGUAUGAGCUCCACGAGUAUAGGGACAGAUACGGGGACGUAGAUGGAGAGACUCAUCUCUCUGAGGUUGAUCUUGACCAACACGUGGAGGAGGAACGCGAUGAGCUAGCCGCGUUGGACUACGAGGGGGAGAGGUGCCAUCUUCUAGGUCUCUUGAGGGAGAUCGAGCUCAAGAUGUCGGAUACGGAAGACGAGGAAAGAAAGACGGUUGUUGCGAGAGAAGUAGCGUUGAUGAGGGAAAGGCUGAGAGCAGUUGAAGCAGAGAGUGUGUUCUUGAAGAAUGUUGCGAUGAGUCUGCAGAGAGGGGGAGAGGGAAUGAAGGUGUUGAGCGAGAUAGCUCAACAUCUGCGAAAACUUAGGCAAAAUCAUCAUGUUUGCUAGGUUGUUGGAUCAUAGAUAUGAGCUCUUUGGUUCAUUACAGAAAUUGCACCAUUAAUUUAGAGGUUGGAAGACGGAUUUGUAGCAGUAUAUAUGAAUUGAGGAAUCAUGUGAAGUAGAAAUUGGGUUAGAAUGUUUUAGUGUGAUGGGAUAUAUGCUAUUUUAAAGAGUUUGUAUUUCCAUCUUUUAACUCAAGCUCUAGUCUUGCCUUUUAU